GUUAUUUCAGGCAUCUCUGAAAAUACUCUCUUUGGCGUAAUAAAAAAAAACAUAGCAUUGCUUUUGUAGCUUUUUCCGUGUAGAGAAAUAUAGUUAUUUCAAGCAUCUCUGAAAAAAAACAUUCUUUGUCGCUGUGAACCAGAUAUUUUUCGGCGACAUCCAUCGGGUUAUAGGGUUUAAUGGCGUCCUCGGCUAUGCAUAUUAUUUCUGGUAAAUUUAAAAGUGAUAUUGUUUGCCGCAAUGGCAAGCGUAGCGGGGUAUAUGCCCUUAGUCUGAAGCACAAGGGGAGAAGUCUAGCGGUCAAGGGAGAAAGAGCUGCUGUAGGGCUUACAUACAGAGAUGCAGGGGUCGAUAUAGAUGCUGGCACAGAGUUGGUGAAAAGGAUCUCUAAAAUGGCGCCUGGCAUUGGCGGAUUUGGAGGACUUUUUCCCUUUGGAGAUUCAUAUCUUGUAGCUGGCACAGACGGAGUUGGGACUAAGUUGAAGCUUGCAUUUGAAACUGGCAUACACGAUACAAUUGGGGUUGAUCUGGUAGCUAUGAGUGUAAAUGAUAUUGUAACAUCUGGAGCAAAGCCAUUAUUUUUCCUAGAUUAUUUUGCAACCAGUCAUCUUGAUGUUGACCUGGCUGAAAAGGUUAUAAAAGGGAUUGUGGAUGGCUGUCAGCAAUCGGAUUGUGUUCUUUUAGGUGGUGAGACAGCAGAGAUGCCAGGAUUUUAUGCUGAAGGUGAAUAUGAUCUUAGUGGUUUUGCUGUUGGUGCUGUUAAGAAGGAUGCUGUUAUAGAUGGCAAUAAAAUUACAGUUGGUGAUGUUCUAAUUGGGCUUCCAUCAAGUGGAGUACACUCAAAUGGAUUUUCUCUUGUCCGAAGGGUUUUAGCACAAAGUGGUCUGUCUCUGAAUGAUCCACUUCCUGGAAGUGAAAAUGAACAAGUUUCAUUGGGAGAAGCAUUGAUGGCUCCAACUGUUAUAUACGUCAAGGAGGUUCUGGAUGUGGUGGCUAGAGGAGGAGUGAAAGGGAUUGCUCAUAUUACUGGAGGGGGAUUCACUGACAACAUUCCUCGCAUAUUUCCAAAAGGACUUGGAGCCGUUGUGACAACAAACACGUGGGAAGUGCCUAAAAUUUUUAAAUGGAUACAAAAGAGUGGAGGUAUUGAGGACUCUGAGAUGCGGCGAACUUUCAAUAUGGGUAUUGGCAUGGUCCUUGUGGUCAGCCAGGAAGCAGCAAGGACUAUUCUUUCAGAGAGAGAUACAAAAGCUUAUAUGAUUGGUCAGGUUGUAGAAGGUGAAGGUGUAAUUUACAAGUAAUUUUAGUGAUCAUACUUUGUCUUCGGCUGAUGUUUUGAAAUUGUUUGUAGUAAAAUAUACGAAUUUUUGCAGUUACUAAUAAUUUAUUGAGUACAAUUUGGAUUUGAGCAUCUAAAGUUGUAUAGGCGGCCUAUUGCUUGAAUUGUUUUUGGAGAUGAAAUAACUUUCAGAAGUCUUUGAGUAAAACAUAUCUUUUUAGGUUA